AUCAUCGCCAGCAACUUUUGCAAUUGCUCUACACCCCAACCUUAAUUGUGUGCAGCCUAUUUGUCGUCUUGCAAUGAGCGUCCUUAUGGCCACGCAUCGCGCCCUGCUGCACGCCGAUGUGCUCUCGCAUCUGUUUAUGACGAUGGUCGAUGACGUCGAGGAGGCAGAUGUCGACUUCGGCCAACGGCUAGAGAUGGAGGUCGACCUGCGAUCGACCCUUCUCCGCUGCUCCCUUGUAUGCCGAACGUUCUGCGAUCCUGCGCUCAGUGCGCUCUGGUGGCGGCUGGACAACCUUGUCCCUCUUUUGCGAUUGCUGUCCUGCUUUGUUCCCACGAAGGUCAAGCGGAAGGGCCCUGUCAGGCAAGGAGGUGGCCCGAAUGACGAUACCUUGUAUCUUUUGAAGGGAGAGCUGUCGCCCAAGGACUGGGCUAGAUUCAGUCAAUACGCUCGGCGCGUUCGCGUCCUGAACUUCCCCAAGAUCGCGUCUGUCACGCCGCACAUCGUCUCCCAGCUCUCAAAGUGGAACAACGGUGCACCACUCCUCCCCGGGCUGAAGGAGCUCACAUGGCUCCCCGCAUCCCCCACAGACACCGCCGCACUGCUUGUGGGAACGGACAAGCUGGAGCUCCUCCACAUCGUGCUCGACUGUAUCACCCUCCCCGACGAUCUCGAGUGGAUACCCCGAAACGAGAAGAUGGCGGCAUUGCGCGAUCCGUCCACGAGGAGCCUUGGGGACAAGCACGUCGAGAAGAUGCUCGGGAUGUAUGCCGAGCGCGUCCCGCAUCUGCAAACUCUGGAGCUGAUCACCUCGGUGCACCCGCUGUGUCUUGCCCCGGUCGCGCGGUUCACACGCUUGACGAGCUUCCACUGUCGCGAUACGCCUGUGGACGCGCAGUUUGUGCGCACGAUCGCCUCGUCUUUGAAGGCACUGGAGAGCCUCGUCAUCAAUUUCCUCCUUAACGCACAGGAGCUCGACACGCCCAUCGUCGGCCUGCGCCAUCUAUCUAGCCUCGAAGUUACCAGCCCCUCCGCCCACCUGACGCGCCUCUUCAACAUGUUGAAUCCCUUGGAGGAGCUGCGCAGCCUCACCAUCUUCUACCCCAACGGGAUCCCCGAACUGAGCGAGACCUACCGCCGUCCCCUCGAAGCCCUGCGCGCCCGCGGACACGCGCCCGCUCUCGCAUCGUGCGUCCUCGACAUCACUACACGCUGGAACACGCGCGAGACGCUCGCGCAGCUCGUCGAGCCACUGCUCAGCAUACCAACUCUCGAGCACAUCGCCGUCCGCGCACCACGCAGCGGGUACCAAGUAACCGAGCGCGACCUCGAGCGCAUGGCGCGCGCGUGGCCGAAGGUGCACUCCCUCGCGCUCAUGUGGAACGCGCGAGCGGGCGGGGCGACGCCCCCCGUGCGCGCCCUCGCACACUUUGCGCAGCACUGUCCGCGCCUGCGCUCGUUCAUCCUGAGCCACAUCGAUUGUGCCGCGCCCCUCCCGCCGCCCCCAUACAAGAUGGGGACGCAUGGACUGCUGCAUCUGUUUACGAUGGAGUCGUAUCGCAUUGCGGACCCGAAGGCGGUGGGAAGGUAUAUCUCGGCGAUGUUCCCGAAGAUAUUGGUCGCUGUGCCGGAUCCGCAGCCGUCGGGCUGGGACGAUGUGUUGCAUAUGGCGGCGGCGUGGCGUGCGGCGAGGGCGAAGAGGAUGGCGGAGAUCCAGGCAGAGAAGGCCGCAAAAUGAAGAUAGAAUUGCUCUAGCAAAGAUUACUGUUUAGGUACUCCACCUGAUGGCAUU